UAUUAUCCUUUCUCAAUAUAAACGUAGUUGACAUUGACCCAUAAGAGAUGUUUUGUUGAACAAGCAAAAUGUCAUUAAUUCGGCAAAUAUACAAUCUAUACAGAUGCUGUAGGGGACCUCGGUUAUUUAGAAAACACAGUGAUGAUACCCAUCAGGGUAAAGCAUAUGUUCCCAAUAUAAUAGAAUCUGGUGCAGACAAAGUAAUUAAUGUGAUAAGAUUUUGUUACUCAUUUACCUACUGGACCUCACCAGUAGUACUAACCGUUCUGUACAGGAGGGGAUAUUUUACUCAGGAAGGAGGUAAAACAUUACUUGGUUAUGUAUUGUCAAUAUCAUUUGUAUAUGGUCUGGCCUAUAUGAUGCGAGGUAUAGGGAGAGCAUAUAAUGCAGAUUAUACCUUAUUCCUUGAAAUACUGCUUGCAGCAGAGAAGUCAUGUACACUACAGAAUAGGAAAAUGUUAGCAGGUUAUGACUUUGAAUUCUGGGGCUGGCCAAUUGAUUUCAAAUGGAGUGAUGUAAAUAGCAGGGAAGUGAAAAGAACAAAGAUACAGGUUCCAAAAUCUUCUGCUACAUUAGGUCUAUCUAAAGUUCUCCAUUAUCCUGCAACACUAGUCAGCUAUAUGUGUGCACACACAUUUGGUAGACGUAUGAUGUAUCCUGGAGCUACAGCCCUGAUGAAUACAUUACUAGAACCAACUUUAUGCCAGAAUAGAUCCAAACUGAUUGAAGAGAAACAUGGUUUGAGAGCCAAGGUACAGACAGAAGAUAAGAAUGAGAUUGAUACUCUCUUCUUUGAUAGACGUAAUUCAGUUGGCAGUAAUGGCAAAACAUUGGUAAUAUGCUGUGAGGGCAAUGCAGGUUUUUAUGAGAUUGGAUGUACAGUUACACCAAUGGAAGCUGGGUAUUCUGUAUUAGGAUGGAAUCAUCCUGGAUUUGCUGGCAGUUCUGGUGCACCCCUCCCAGACCAGGAACAGAGUGCUAUAGAUUCAGUUAUUCAGUAUGCGAUUCAUAAACUAGGGUUCAUGCCAGACAAUAUAGCCUUAUUUGCUUGGUCUAUUGGAGGAUACUCAGCCACAUGGGCAGCUAUGAAUUACCCUGAUAUUAGUUUUGUAAUUUUAGAUGCAACAUUUGAUCAUGUUUUACCCUUAGCUGAAGCCAGAAUGCCCAAGUCUUUCAAUAGCAUAACAAAACUAACAAUAAACAACUACCUGAAUUUAGAAAAUAGUGAGCAAUUAUGCAGAUAUCCAGGUCCAAUACUGCUUAUAAGAAGACUAGAGGAUGAAAUGAUUACAACUCAAGGUGAUGGCCGAGGUACAGUUCUAGAGAGUAAUAGAGGAAAUUAUUUACUGCAGCAUCUACUUCAAUACAGAUACCCAAAUAUUGUAGAUGAAACAACAUUUAGUGUAUUAUCAAGAUGGUUAAGUAAACCCAUUUCACAGCAAGAAGACAUUUUUGAUGGUGAUCUUUGCCUUUCACAAAUGAAAUCUUACAUAAAUGAAAAUUCAGAUAGUUUUCCUUGUUUAAUAGGUGAAGGUUUUACACAGGAAGAAAAAGAAAGCAUGACUUUAUUUUUGGCAUCUAAAUAUAUGAGCGAGUUUAAUUCAACACACUGCUCACCGCUACCAUCAGCCUUGUUCCAUAGACCAUGGACUCCUGGGAUGUAAACUUAUCUAAGACAUUACAAUAUUUUAAUUUAUUCUUUAAAUUUGAUAUAUUUUUUUUGUAUAUCUCCAUUUCUUUAAAAGGAAUGUGACUUUGAACGACAUCUUGAGACCUUUUCACUCAGGUUACCUUGUCAUUACAAUGUUUUUUUAUAGCUACAAAGGUUAAUAUAAAUGAAAUGUUAAAUACAUUAGAGUACAUGUCUGAGGGUGUGGAUGGGGGUUUACAGAAUAGAGAAUGAUGUGCAAAAGAUAUAAAGAAUAGAGAAAAAUGGACCCAAAAAAUAAAGAAUAGAGUAUAACUAGGUGCUAAAAUAUAAAGACUAUUGGUCAAAAAGUAUAAAGAAUAAAGAAAAAUGGCCUAAAAAAUUAAAGAAUACAGAAAUGAAGGAUCCCCAUCCAGACCCUCAUGUACCACCAUUGGAAUAAACUUUAAAGUUUCAUGCAGUGAAGAUGUUACUAGUACAUUAAUACAUGUUAGUCACCCAUUGAAGGAACUUUUACAUUGUUUGCUAUGAGUUGUUAUAGUAAAACUUCACUGUCAGUAUUAAGGAUGAUCUACCCUUUUGUUGUUUCGAUGCUAAACAUAUGGAAAUUUUAUAGAAAAUCCACAGCCUUUCCUCGUAUACUCUUAUAUUUGAUAUUAUUUACUAAAUAGAUAGGGGAAUACUGCAUGAAGAGAUUUUAGGUAAAACAAGUACAUAUAUGGACCAAUUCAAGUACACCUUUAAGGGUGUGCUCAACUAGUUACUCAGCACAAGUUUUUUUUUAUUGUAAAGGUCGUUUAGGACUUUUUGUAAACAAUAAACUCUAGCAUAACAUAGAUAAACUAGUGAGUUAUCUAGGUUUCAAAUUUCAUAAAGAAAGUCUCUGUACUAAAAUCUUAGCUUGAUUUGCCACAAAAUCCAUAUUUUCUAUUUUAUGCAAUUAGACAAUAAAUAUAAUUUCUGUGAA